CUUAUUGGGAACAAAGUCUAGCGCUAUUUGAUCAUUGCUAUAUUUAUAACGUGACGUCAUUUAUGUUAUAUAUACCCCCCGGACGUUCCUAUUUCCCCAGUUCGUCACAAAGCAACGACUAAGAACGAAGGAGCCAUUUUAACAAAACAGGAUUCAUCAUGCAGAUUUUUGUGAAGACCCUGACGGGAAAAACUAUCACCCUAGAAGUGGAGCCUUCUGACACCAUUGAAAAUGUAAAGGCCAAGAUUCAAGACAAAGAGGGAAUUCCCCCAGACCAACAGCGACUGAUCUUUGCUGGAAAGCAACUUGAAGAUGGCCGUACCUUGUCAGACUACAACAUCCAGAAAGAGUCCACCCUUCAUUUGGUCCUUCGUCUUAGAGGUGGUAUGCAGAUCUUCGUCAAAACUCUUACAGGGAAAACCAUCACCCUGGAAGUGGAGCCAUCUGACACUAUUGAAAACGUCAAAGCAAAGAUUCAGGACAAAGAAGGAAUUCCCCCAGACCAGCAGAGAUUGAUCUUCGCAGGCAAGCAACUUGAAGAUGGCCGUACUUUGUCCGACUACAACAUCCAGAAAGAGUCCACCCUUCAUUUGGUCCUUCGUCUUAGAGGUGGUAUGCAGAUCUUCGUCAAAACUCUCACAGGGAAAACCAUCACUCUCGAGGUAGAGCCAUCUGACACCAUUGAAAAUGUCAAGGCCAAAAUCCAAGACAAAGAAGGAAUUCCCCCAGACCAGCAGCGACUCAUCUUCGCAGGCAAGCAACUUGAAGAUGGCCGUACUUUGUCCGACUACAACAUCCAGAAAGAGUCCACCCUUCAUUUGGUCCUUCGUCUUAGAGGUGGUAUGCAGAUCUUCGUCAAAACUCUCACAGGGAAAACCAUCACUCUCGAGGUAGAGCCAUCUGACACCAUUGAAAAUGUCAAGGCCAAAAUCCAAGACAAAGAAGGAAUUCCCCCAGACCAGCAGCGACUCAUCUUCGCAGGCAAGCAACUUGAAGAUGGUCGUACCUUAUCCGAUUACAACAUCCAGAAAGAGUCCACCCUUCACUUGGUCCUUCGUCUUAGAGGUGGUAUGCAGAUCUUUGUGAAGACUCUUACAGGGAAGACCAUCACCCUGGAAGUGGAGCCAUCUGACACCAUUGAAAACGUCAAAGCAAAGAUUCAGGACAAAGAAGGAAUUCCUCCAGACCAGCAGAGAUUGAUCUUCGCAGGCAAGCAACUAGAAGAUGGCCGUACCUUAUCCGACUACAACAUCCAGAAAGAGUCCACCCUUCAUUUGGUCCUUCGUCUUAGAGGUGGUAUGCAGAUCUUCGUCAAGACUCUCACAGGGAAAACCAUCACUCUCGAGGUGGAGCCAUCAGACACCAUUGAAAAUGUCAAGGCCAAAAUCCAAGACAAAGAAGGAAUUCCCCCAGACCAGCAGAGACUGAUCUUCGCAGGCAAGCAACUUGAAGAUGGUCGUACUUUGUCUGACUACAACAUCCAGAAAGAGUCCACCCUUCAUCUGGUCCUUCGUCUUCGAGGAGGUUUUCAACAAAGCAGCAAGUGAAAUUCCAUCAAUUUUCUUAAAUUGGACACUUUAUUGUAAACCUGUAAUUUAGUAAUAAUGUUGAAAUUUGAACUAUUGGUCAAAAUUAACUUUUCAUAAUAUUUGUUUUUCAAGUAGAAGAAAAGUGAACUGAACAUUGUGACGAAUACUUGCUGCUUCAGUAUCCCGUCUUUACCUGGCUUAAGUUAAUAAAAUUGCAGUUAACUGCUGUCAUAAGUGUU